GCAACUGCCAGACGUCCCCCCCAGCGGCCUCGGCAAACCCACAUACCCACGAUGGGGGACACGUGGAAGAUCGGAACGUACGCCCGCAUACGCCCCCUCCGCAAGGGGGCCACCAAGUCGUACACAAUCGCAUCGCCCCAUGAUGGCGUGGCCAGCACGAUCACGUUUCCGUACCCUGCCGCCCCCGACAGUCGGAGCAACCUCAAGCAGCGCGAUGAGCUCGAGUUCAAAUACACUCAAGUGUUCGACUGCCCGACUUCCCAAGACAAAAUCUUCCACGACGCAUGCUUGGGCGUUGUGACUGGAGCAGUCGAAGGAUACAAUGGCACGAUCUUGGCGUAUGGCCAAACUGGCAGCGGAAAGACGUUUACAAUCACGGGAGGCGAGAGCUACCAGGAGCGAGGCAUUGUUCCCCGAGCCAUCUCGACGCUGUUCGAUGCGUUCGAGGCGCGAACGGACAUGACGUACAAGUGCUACAUUUCGUACUUGGAAAUCUACAACGACAGCGUGUACGACUUGCUGGACCGAACGCACAUGAACAAACCGAUCGAAGCAUGGACGCGCCUCCAAGUUCAGCUGUCGGACGAUGACGAAGAUGCAAACGCGCAGUUUCGCAAACUCGGAGUGUACGAAGCAAAGUCGGAAGAGGAGGCGCUCAACUUGCUCUUCCUCGGCAAUGCCCACCGCAUCACGAGCGACACGCCGAUGAACAUGGCGUCGUCCCGGUCGCAUUCUAUCUUCACCAUGUUGAUCGAAGGCCAUCGGCACAACUCAGAGGUCAUCCUCCAUUCCAAAUUACACGUGGUCGACUUGGCCGGGUCGGAGCGGGUGUACAAGCGGGACGGGUCGGAAAGGAUGCGCACCGAGGGCCGCUUUAUCAACCUGUCGCUGCAUCACCUCGAACAAGUCAUCUUGGCGUUGCAAACAAAACCUGCAGCCAAGAAAGGAGCAAAGGCGAUGGGGAAACCACCAAACCACCACGUGCCGUAUCGCAACUCGAUGCUGACGUCGGUCUUGCGAGGCAGCCUCGGAGGCAACUGCAAGUCUGUGUUCAUCGGGACGCUCAAUCCAGAAGCCGAGUUCGUCGACGAAUCCAUUUCGACAUGUCGGUUUAUGCAGCGAUGCAGCGAGGUCGCUGUGGACGUCCACGUGAACGAAGAAGUCGACGUUUACGUAUUGGCGGAGUUGCUCCAAGCCGAGAACAAGCGCCUUCAGAGGGACUUGGCCGUGACACAAGCUGCCUUAAAGGACCAAGCGGAUGUCAACAGCAAGUUACAGGCGCAGGUGCAUCCAGGCGUGGCCAUGGAGCUCCAUGCUUCAGAUAAAGCCGAGUGCGACCAGCUCGUGGAAAAAUUCCUGGUCGCGGAGUGGGAAUCCCCGGCGCAAGCGCAAGUCGCUAUGGAAAUCGAGCGUCUAGGGCUCGGCCAUGCCAUGUACUGCUUGAAAUCUGUCAAAGAGAGCCUCGUGUUUGCUUCAAAUGCGACCGUGGAAGUACAGGAGCUGCUAAAUAUUCAGAACGACCGCAUCGCGGGGAUGGAAUCGAGGCUGGCCGCCCAGCGCGCCGAAGCGGAAACGCUCAACCGCGCCAUGGCGGCGCUGGCGGCCGAAGUACAAUCACAGGAUCACACAAAGUCGGAGACGACCAAGGUGCAUCCAGUGUCAAGUGUGACCAAACAACAGCACAGUCAUCAGCUCCGUCAAGACGGUACCAACUAUGCAUCUCCCGCUGACCCCCCGAAGAAACACCCACCACUCGACACACCACCACCGCCUCCCUUCGCAGCUAUGUCCAGUACACGAGGUUCGGAUGCAAUCAAACGUCGGAUGGACCUGCUCAAGCAAGGGAGCAUCUUCAUCAAGCACGGGCGACAGGGCAAUCCGCAUCCAAGGUUUGUGUGGUGCACGCCGGACUUGCAAUAUUUGAGCUAUCGAUCCGUGGGGGGGAGUCCGACCCAGCCGAUUCAAAUCCCCACGUCGUCGCUGCACUCCCUCGCUGUGGGUCAAACCACCAAGGUGUUUCAACGAAGGGGAGAUCCUGCCAGAGCUCCAUUCUGCUUUUCUAUCUUGUACGAGAACACGAAGCGAUCGCUGGACUUGGAGGUGCCGUUCGAAAUGUGGAUGCUUCGCGUUAUGUUCAUGCUGUGCAGGUUGACGAGGGUGACAACAUCGACCGAAACAAGUCCAAGUGUGCCGAGUGGACGGAAGCUCUGCAGUACCUCAUCAAGGUGAAAGGAGCCAAACCAAAGCAAUGACGGGCUGGUAGACACAUCGUUCAUGCUAAUCUAAGCUUGCUUGGAAACUGGAUGCGGACGGCCGGCGGGCAGGCGACGUGCUCAUCACGCGCCGCAACUUUUCUUCUCGCGUUCGCCUUUUCUUGGAUCGUUUGCCGAACUGGAGCGUUGCGAUGUCAACUCCGCCCAGGGUUUCAACUUGACCACUCGGUGGCAAUGGGCCGUUGGAUGAUUUUGGUCGCCGGCGAGGCUUUCCAGUCGACGACGCCACGGACCCGGUCUCGUCCAUGUUGCUGUGGACCGGUGCUGCUCCAUCUUCAGAUGCCUCCGACCCGGCGUCAGACGACAUAGGAGACUUGGUGCAUAG